CACCUCCCAGCAUGCUCCUCGGCCAGAGGCAGGUUGCACACAGCAUCAGCUGCAGAGGACUGUGUAUCUUAAUAGCGAUGCUGACUUUCUUCGUGGUGAUUACGCUUUGGAUAAGUCGUGUGUCUGCCUCGGAUACCAAAGUCUCACAGAAUGCCCACAGUCCCAGUGAGAGCUAUCUCCAGUCGAUAUGGCACAACAGGCUGUACUUGUAUUCAGCUGCAGCACUCGUCUUUGGGGUCUGGUUCUCACUAAAGGUGGCUCUGAAGAAGAAAAAGUUCUCCAAAGACUCCGAAGCUGGAAAGAGCAAUGAGGGCUCUGACAGAGACACUGUGUUUCACGUGUCUGGAGUUAAAAUCUUCUAUGGCUCACAAACUGGAACCGCAAAGGGAUUUGCAGAAGAGCUGUCAGAGGAGGUGAAGAUGUUGGGUAUACCAGCAGAGGUGAUUGACAUCAAAGACUACGAUCCAGACGAUCAGCUUGCCGAUGAGUGCGUCAACAAGUCAGUCUGCGUGUUUCUCAUGGCCACCUACACUGACGGUGAGCCCACAGAGAACGCAGAGUGGUUCUGCAAGUGGUUGGAGGAGGCGUCCACCGACUUCAGAUACGGGAAGACCUACCUCAAAGGCCUCCGGUAUGCCGUGUUUGGUCUCGGCAACUCUGUCUAUGUCGGCCACUAUAAUACGGUGGGUACCAACAUGGACAAGUGGCUCUGGAUGCUUAGCGGCGUGCGAAUCAUGACCAGGGGAGAGGGCGACUGUAAUGUGGUGAAGAGCCGUAAUGGCAGCAUCCAGGCGGACUUCCUGGCCUGGAAGGUCAAGUUCCUGAUCCGCCUACAGGCCCUGGUCAAGGGGGAGAAGAAGAGCUGCAGCGGGAACUGUAAGACCGGAGGCUCCUGUGAGAACAAGAGGAAAGAUGGACAGGAGGAAGAGGAAGAGGAGAAGGAGAAGGCAGCUCUUCAGAACAACAGCUCUGAGGAGGAUCUGGUUGAGUCCAGCAGCGACGGGGAGGAGUCUGGUCUGCAGGAUGAGAAAACAUCCGGUUCAGUGGUCGACAUGGAGGAUCUGGGCAACAUCAUGAGCAGUGCCAAGAGAGCAAAGAGCAAAGAGGAGGGUCGAGGAGACGGCCAGAUGGUGAAGCUGUCCAAGGUGAACGGAGUGAAGAAGAUUGAAGACGAGGGGGAAAGAAGAGAGAUGAUCACCCCUGUCCUGAGAGUGGCACUGACAAAACAAGGUUACAAACUCAUUGGAAGUCACUCUGGAGUGAAGCUUUGUCGAUGGACCAAGUCCAUGUUGCGAGGGAGAGGAGGCUGUUACAAGCACACGUUCUAUGGCAUCGAGUCCCACCGCUGCAUGGAGACCACGCCCAGCCUCGCCUGUGCCAACAAGUGUGUCUUCUGCUGGAGACAUCACACCAACCCUGUGGGGACAGAAUGGCGCUGGAAAAUGGACCCCGCUGAGAAGAUCUUGCAGGAGGCCAUGGAGAAGCACCAGAGCAUGAUCCGACAGUUCAGAGGUGUCCCCGGAGUGAAACCCGAGCGCUACGAGGAGGGCCUGGCCGUCAAGCACUGCGCCCUCUCCCUGGUGGGUGAGCCAAUCAUGUACCCCGAAAUCAACACCUUCAUCCGCCUCCUCCACACCCACCGCAUCUCCAGCUUCCUGGUCACCAACGCACAGUUCCCUCAGGAAAUCAGGAGCCUGGUUCCGGUCACCCAGCUGUAUGUCAGCGUGGACGCCAGCACCAAAGACAGUCUGAAGAAGAUCGACCGACCGCUUUUCAAGGACUUCUGGCCCCGCUUCCUGGACAGCCUCAGGGCCCUGGGAGAGAAGAGACAGAGGACGGUGUACAGACUGACGCUGGUGAAGGCCUGGAAUGUGGAAGAGAUGCAGUCCUAUUCGGAGCUCAUUGCUUUGGGCCAGCCGGACUUCAUCGAGGUCAAGGGAGUGACGUACUGCGGGGAAAGCUCCGCCAGCAGUCUGACCAUGGCGAACGUCCCCUGGCACCAGGAAGUGGUCGCCUUCGUCCAGCAGCUGGCUGACAUGCUGCCUCAAUACGAGAUCGCCUGCGAACACGAGCACUCCAACUGUUUGCUCAUCGCGCACACAAAGUUCAAGGUGGAUGGCGAGUGGUGGACGUGGAUCGACUACGAGCGCUUCCAGGAGCUGGUCCAGGUUCAGGAGGAGAGCGGGGGACAGCGGGGCUUCUCGGCCCUGGACUACAUGGCCAAGACUCCCGGCUGGGCUCUGUUCGGAGCCAACGAGCAAGGCUUCGAUCCCACCGACACGCGCUUCCAACGGCGCAACAAAACCAAAGACAUUUCAGGAUGCUGAUUGAUGUGAGAGAGAGAAAGAGAGGAGGGAUGAAUAGAACGAGGACUUAUCUCUAAAGCAAAAAACAAAACAUUUAAAACAAGUACGGUUCAAUAUUUAUCCUCGUUGAGUUUCCUGUCGCUGGAAUGUUCAUUUUUUUUACUGUCCCUAGUUGUCCCCAUUCUCACUCUAACUUUUGAUCCUUCUCUUUAUUUCAUUGACUUGAUCAGCCAAAACACUGUCCGAAUCAAUCGCUAAAAACUCACUUUCUAGGCAUUCCCCCUUCACAUUCACUUUAAGUGCUUCUCUUGCUUCCUAUAUGUACAUAGAUCUUUGAUACUAUACUUUUUUUCUUUUUUUUAAGGGGUCAUUAUUAUAAAUGUGAACGGCUUUGAUCAGUAGAACCAUCUGACAGCAUUGGGAGGGUUUACACUGUUAACAUAGAACCUGGGAGUUGGUUCGUUCAUCAUCAUUAUCAUUUCUGACAUUUUGUCUUAAUAAUCCAGGUUGGAGUUAGGCAGCUGACACGAUUAGCAUAUAAGAAGUCGCUCUUCUCCACACGUCGUCUGUGGAAGCGACACUUUCCCAGACAGCCGUCCUCCUGCUCAUUAGGACAGUGGUUGUAUUUACUUCGUCGGUGAGUGAAAAGCCGUCAUGGCUGCGUCUCCACUGGGAGAGUCCGGCCUCUUAUCGCUCUCUUUGUGCUAUUUUUAUUCAUAGUUUUUGCACUGUUGCACAUUCCCAGCAGUGUCCGCUUCGCUUGGUUUCAGCACUGGUAGACUAUAUCGCAGCUUUUGACAGAUAGUUAUGUCGCUCUGACAGGUUUACUGCAAAUAGGUGAAAAAGUGGACAAUGUUUUAUUAAAAGAAACAUUAUAAAAGAGUUGGGUUUUAAGGGUAUGACUAUGUUACUGGUUUUGCAGUAUUUGAGCUGAACUACCGAAGGAUGACAUUGUAAAAAAAAAAAAGUCAUCAGUCUAAUAUAAUUAAGUUGGUAAAGCCUCAAAAAGUGUUCAUAUUUUAUCACGGUUUUGUAUUGCUGUUCAAGAAAGAACAAAUCAAAAUUCAUCCCCUACCCAAAGUUGAGAUCAGUGUAUUCUCAGGUAAUGUCAAGUGUCAUGAGCUCUUGAGCUCAAAGAUGAAUAAACUCCUAACGUACUCCACAUUUGAAAUACUCAUCCAACUCCCAAAUGUCUGCCAUCUGAUCUACACUCAGCCACCAUCCAGGAACAGGUAUGAGUAUGAAGAAAAGCAUCAUGGGUGGAGAUGUAGCUUCAUAUGGGUCUAACUGGUGUAGGCCUUCUCCAGUCCGACCUGCCAAAAUAAAGCCUUGACUGACAUUUAAGUAAAUCCAGAUGUAAAAAUAAUUUAAUUUAGCUUUUUUAAUUUUGAAUGUAAAUUUGGAUGUGAAUGUUUAAGUCCAUUUUGAUAUUUGUUUUCUGUGGGUCUAAAUCCAGAUGUGAAUGUUUAAGUCCGUUUUGAUUGGUUUCGACUCUGUUAGGAGAAACAGCAGGUGUGGGGAUACAUCGCUUUAAUAAACGU